GUGAAUGAGGUACCUUUUGAAGUGUGUGUGAGUCCAGCGCCGUCUAGCGGCCAGAGAGGUCAUGACACCAACAGGAGCUCCAGCUGAUGCUGACGUCAACCUUUUGCUUCUCUCCUAUGAGACAAAUUGAGUGAGUUCUAAACACCACCAUGUGUGAAGUGUGAAUUAGUGGCGGGUGGAGUGAGAGGGUUUUCGUCACCAGAGGUGACCGGAGGUGAUCCCGCCAUGUGAGUGGGAGGAGCCGUCAUUAUUCAAACAGUGGCGGUCCUAUAAAAGCACGCACCUCGCACGUCGUGGGAGUUUCACCCCCAAUGUGUCACGACUGAAGGCCGGCUCGGCAGCACCGCCAGAGGACCCGACGAUGCACGACUCCGGCGGGGUCCAACUGGCCCGAGCCCUCAAGUACGCCGCCCUGUGCCUGCUGCUGGUGCCGCGCUUCCUGGCCGCCGCUGUCACGCUGUGGCUCCUCGACUUCCUGUGCAUCCGCCGCAAGGUGCUCCUCCAGAUGGGCGCCCGGCCACACAGUGCCGACGACCCGCCGCUGUGCGUCUCGGACUCCAACCGGAUGUUCACCAUGGAGUCGUUGCGGGCGGUGUGGUACGGCCAGAAGCUGGACCUGCUCAAGUCUGCGCGCCUGGGACGCGCGGCGCCCAACACGGAGGUGGUUCUUGUCCAGGAGCGCCGGCGUGUCCGCAUCUUGGACUGCAUGCGGGGGACGAGGCCGCUCAUCCUCAACUUUGGCAGUUGCUCCUGACCGCCCUUCAUGACGCGCCUGGCCGCCUUCCAGCGCGUCGUCAGCCAGUACGCGGACAUCGCGGACUUCGUGGUGGUGUACAUCGAGGAAGCGCACCCGGCGGACGGCUGGGUGAGCUCGGACGCCCCCUACCAGAUCCUCAAGCACCGCUGCCUGGAGGACCGGCUGAGCGCAGCGCGGCUCAUGCUGGCGCAGGUGCCCGGCAGCAGCCUGGUGGUGGACAGCAUGGACAACUCCUCCAACGCCGCCUAUGGAGCCUACUUCGAGAGACUCUACAUCGUCAGGGACCAGAGGGUGGUCUACCAGGGGGGCCGGGGGCCGGAGGGCUACCGGAUCUCCGAGCUCAGGAACUGGCUGGAACAGUACCGGAGGGACCUCAUCGCUUGUCCGGUGCUGCAAGCGUAGCCCUGGGUGAAAUCUAUAAAGCCUUAUAAAGACCAUUUUUAUGUUCUACUGGGUCCACAA